CACCCCGCGUGUCGCAACCCCCUGAUAACAGUGGCUAUAAAGGGGCCGCGGGGGCCGCGCGGGGCAAAGGACGGUGGCACCUGGCCAGGGCAAGGACCAGUGACAGCGGUGAGCAGCCAUUCCCGGAGCUGCCGCCAUGCCCAGGGUCCUGCUCUUCCUCCCACUCCUCCUCCUCGGCCCCGCUGUGGCUCUCUCUGACGUGGAUGCCAGUGACCGGGUGCUGCUGCGGGCGCUGCUGGCGGAGCUGGCGGGUCCCAUCCCGCCGCAGGCACGGGGGGUCCCGUGCCACGACCUGGGCCCCAACGCCCUGCCCGGCUUUGCCCGGCUGCCCCCCGAGCCCCACGCCCUGGCCCGCGCCGCGCUGGCGCUGGCUCUGAACGGGGCCGGCUGCGGGGCCCAGGCCGAGGCCGAGGCGCUGGGGCUGGCGCGGGAGCUGGGCACCCCCACGGCCGCGGCGCUGCUGCGGGGGCUGGCGGGGCUGCGGGGAGCCCCGGCCCCCCAGCCCCUGUCCCUGCUCCUCCUCAGCCUGGCGCGCCCGGGGGGCUCUGCCUGCGUGGAUCCCACCCCGCUCCGGACCCCCGGCGCCCGGCCCACGGCACCCUGGGCGGGGAGGGUCGCGGGGGCCCGGCUGCCCCCGUGCCAGCGGCUCUCCCGGCGCCGGAGGCAGGAUGAGGGCGAAGCCGAGGAUGCCUGCAACCCGCCGGGGGAGCGGGAAGCCCACCGGGUGCUGGAGUGGGUGCCGGGCGUCAGCAUCUUCUACAACCUGGGCACCAGCAUCUACUUCGCCUUCCAGGGCUGCGGGGCCGCGGCCUCGGCGCGGGCGCUGGAGGCCACCGAGGACCUGGGCUACGCCGGGCUGGCCGCGCUCACCGGGAGCCUGGGCGGCCCCGUGGCCGUGGGGGUGCAGAUGGGGCUGCAGCCGGGGCUCAAGGCCGGGGUUCGGGCGCUCAUCGGGUACUUCACCUCCGCCGGGGACCCCCCGCCCGUGCCCACGGCCCACAGCGGCUCCGCCAUCAUCGUCUGAAUAAAGGCCACGUGCGGCAGCUGGCGGC